GUUCUUCAUGCCAGGGAUUGCUUUAGCCUCAGCACACAGAGUACCGUAGCUCCUGGAUCAACUUGAGAUAAGCAAAUGGAUGAGAAAGAGCUGAGCGACCCCCUGAAUAACGUUUCCGUCAUUAAAGAUGACUUGAGCAGGUCAAACAUGGGGUCUUCUGGUGACUCAGAGAAAAUGAUCCAGCACUUGAAUGAUGAGCUCCGAGAGGCCCAGGAGGUGGCCAAUACUGAGAAGCACAAAUGGAUGGAGCUACAAGGUAUCCUGCAGGAUGAGAGAAAAGAAAAUAAGCAACAAGCUGAUGAAUCUGCAAAACAGAUUAAACAUCUUCAAGGCCAGCUGCGUCAGCUCCAGGAGGAAACGGGCGUUCUCAGACAGCAGAUGGACCUCUCCUCCGGUUCAAGCGCCGAGCUGCAGAGUGCACGUGAUGAGGUGAAGGCGCUGAAACGGGCCCUGGAGGCGGCCGCCGCUGAGCAGGACCGUGACGCCGCCGCCGUCCAGGCCAACCUGGCAACCGCCUCGAAGGAUCUGGACAAGUGGCGUCAGACUGCCAACAAAUACGAGCGGGAGAUUGAGAACCUCCAGCGUGACCUUCAGCAGCAGAGCAAGCAGUGGCAGAAAACUGCAGAAAUACAAGCCAGCGAGCUGCAGUCCAUGCAGGCAGAGUAUAACAGCCUCCAGACAGAGUGUGCUGUCCUGCGAGCCGAAAAACAAGACACCGUGAAUAAGCACCAGAAGGAGAGGAGCGGCCUUCAAACUGAGUGUGCGUCCCUCAGGUCUGAGAGGGAGGAACUCCUCAAGACCCACCAGAAGGAUAAGGGCAACCUGCAGAGCGAAUGUGCGGCUCUGCGCUCCGAGAAGGAGGCGGCGUUGCAGAGACAGCAGCAGCUGGAGAAGGAGCUUGCCAGCUCUCGUGCCCAGAAUGCGGAGCUGAGCGACAGCCUCAAAGCCCUGGAGAGAUCCCAGCAGGAGCUCGAGAAGAGGCAGGCGGCCAUGCAGCUCCAGCACCAGCAGGAUAGCAGCAAGCUGCAAGCCCAGCUGGAGGAAGCCGACAGCCACAGCAAGGCUCUGCAGAGAGAGUACGAGGAGGCAAAGACGGAGCUGUCGGACCUGAAGGAGAAAUAUGAGAAAGCUGAGCAGGAAAAGCAGUCACUGACAGACGAGUUUGAGGAGUGCAAAGCCAACAUGAAGGAGCUAAAGGAGAAAGGGACGAAGAAGCCGUGGUUCAUCUGGGGGCCCGUUGCUGCUGUGGCUCUAACAGCUGUGACCGCUGCUGUGCUCUUCAGGACCUGAGGGCAAUGUGCACACACACACAUGCACACACACACGCGCACGCACACACACACACACACACACACACACACACACACACACACACUUAUCAUCAGAUAUUUCUCCGCACUGAAAAGCUCGCCCCCGUAUCAUAUCUGCACUUUUAAUUAGGAGGGCUCGUACUAAACACUGUUUAAUUUCUUAGAUGCUCUAUUUUAGACUACAGAGACGUUAAUAAAAAAGAAUGUCGGGUUUGUGUGCAAAUGAAUAAGCUUUGUUUGUAUCCCUAUUAUUAUUUGAAGGAUCAGGUGUUUUUGUUUACCAUCAUGACUUCUAGGAUCGUCCUUUAAUGAAUGUAAAGAAACGCUACACACUUAAUUAGUUCUAAAUAUAUCUGGUGAUGAUAUUUUUAGAUUGGAUCACCUGCAGUUUGAACCUCCCUAAAUGUAACACACCUCUCUGUAACUGUCGGAAUAAUAAAUAUUGUCACAAUGAUUCAGCCCCGAAUUGAGUGCAUGAUGACUGCCUUGGGUACAUCAGUUUAUGGUGGUGGUGGGCACUAAGAUAUUAUCUUUUAUCACUAAUAUCAGUGUUUAAAAGUGGGAAUUUGGGGACAUUUUUUGUUUUUGUUCUGUUCAGCGUUAUUGAUGUUUCUGAAAGGAGUUUUUCCUUUUUGACGAUUAAAGGGAAACAGCCCUGAUUGAUACAUGUAAACUCUGGUUUUCCUUCAUGAACAGAAUCUAGUUCAGGUUUCUGCCAUUUAAGACACAGUUGCUUCCAUAGAUGGUAAAGUUUCUGCAUAUGCUGCUUUUCAUCAUCUUACUUUUUGUUGUGCCAAUUAAAACACAUACAAGGUUUAGGUUAGGUGCAACAGACAUUUUAUUUACAUCUGCAAUCAACCAUGGACUGUACAUCACCUGUUUACCAAUGGGAAGUCAGUAUUACAGAACACAGUAUUAUUUAAAUGCAUGCCAUUAAUAGUAUAUUGUUUUUCAUUUUACCAACAAGAAACUGGUGUAAUACUUGAAAUGUCAUGUUGUCAUGGUUAUACAUUUGCAUGCAAUAUAUAUUAUUUUGUGUAAAAUCUCAAGUUUAAUCAGUGGACGUAUCUAUUAAUUUGCUUUAUUUGUGAUAGUU